AUGGCUAAAGGAAAAGUUUUAUUGGUUCUUUACGAAGGUGGUCACCACGCCAAACAAGAAUCUAAAUUAUUAGGUGCUUUAGAAAAUGAAUUAGGAAUUAGAAAAUUUAUUGAAGAUAACGGUUAUGAAUUAGUCGCUACCCAUGAUAAAGAUCCUGAACCAGAUUCGGUUGUUGAUAAAGAAUUAGAAGAUGCUGAAAUUGUUAUCACUACUCCUUUCUUCCCAGCUUAUAUCACUGGUACUAGAAUCGCUGAAGCAAAGAAAUUGAAAAUGUGUAUUACCGCCGGUGUUGGUUCUGAUCAUGUUGAUCUUAACGCUGCUAACGCCAGAAAAAUUACUGUUACUGAAGUUACUGGUUCUAAUGUCGUUUCUGUUGCUGAACAUGUUCUUAUGACUAUGUUAGUUUUGGUUAGAAAUUUCGUUCCAGCUCAUGAACAAGCUAUUACUGGUAAAUGGGAUAUUGCUGGAAUUGCCAAACAAGAAUAUGAUUUAGAAGAUAAAAUCGUUUCAACUGUUGGUGCUGGUAGAAUUGGUUAUCGUGUUUUAGAAAGAUUAGUUGCCUUUAACCCAAAGAAAUUAUACUAUUACGAUUAUCAAGCUUUACCUGAAGCCGCUAUUAAGAAAUUAAAUGAUCUUUCACUUAUCUUAAAUGGUAGAGGUGAUAUUGUUGAAAAAGUUGAUUCAUUAGAAGAAAUGGUUUCUGUUUCUGAUAUUGUUACUAUCAAUUGUCCAUUACAUGAAAAGAGUAAAGGUUUAUUUAACAAAGAAUUGAUCUCAAAAAUGAAAAAAGGUGCUUAUUUAGUUAACACUGCUAGAGGUGCUAUUUGUAUCGAAGAUGAUGUUGCCGAUGCUGUUAACUCUGGUCAUUUAGCUGGUUAUGGUGGUGAUGUCUGGUACCCUCAACCAGCUCCACAUUCUCAUCCAUGGAGACACAUGAAAAACCCAUACGGUGGUGGUAAUGCUAUGACUCCUCAUGUUUCUGGUACUUCUCUUGAUGCUCAAGCUAGAUAUGCUCAAGGUGUUAAGAAUAUCUUGGAAAGUUAUUUCACUGGUAAACAUGAUUACAGACCUCAAGAUGUUAUUGUCAUUGAUGGUGAUUAUGCUACUAAAGCUUAUGGUGAAAGAAAGAAGUAA